GGGGACGUUACCUCCAUAUAUACUCCAAAUCAUAUUAAAAGUGAUAUUAAUUUCCAGUAUAAACAAUGUCUUUUGUUAUGCUCAAGAAUCUCUUGCUAUCCCCUCUUCGUAAAUUCAUCCACAAAGAUUUCCAUGAGAUCUUCGAGAAAAUGACCCUCAUCGAUAAAUUAUUUUUUCUGAUUGUUCAUUUUAUUGAUAAGCAUAACUUUUGGCACCGGCUACCGGUGUUCUUUGGGCUACUUUAUCUUGGAGCACGGCGGACUCUUCACCAGCAAUAUAAUUUGAUCAACGUCGGUAGAACACCUACCGGCAUUCGAUCAAAUCCGGCAGAUUACCCUUAUAGAACUGCUGAUGGAAAAUUCAAUGACCCUUUUAAUGAAGGAGCUGGCAGUCAAUUUUCUUUCUUUGGCAGGAAUAUGAUGCCUGUUCAUCAGGAUAAUAAGUUAAAGAAGCCAGAUCCAAUGGUAGUAGCAACGAAGCUGCUAGCACGAAGAAAAUUCAUAGACACUGGAAAACAAUUUAACAUGAUAUCUGCCUCUUGGAUACAAUUUAUGGUUCAUGAUUGGAUCGAUCAUUUGGAAGACACUCAGCAGGUUGAGCUAAGGGCACCAAAAGAAGUUGCUAAUGAAUGUCCUCUCAAGUCCUUUAGGUUUAACAAGUCCAAGGAAACUCCUACAGAUUUUUAUGAAAUCAAAACCGGUCACUUGAACAGCCGUACUCCCUGGUGGGACGGAAGUGUAAUUUAUGGAAGUAACGAGGAUGUUUUGAAGAAAGUGAGGACAUUUAAAGACGGGAAACUGAAACUAUCAGAAAAUGGACUCAUCCAACAAGAUGAAAAUGGAAAAAUUAUUUCUGGUGAUGUUCGUAACACUUGGGCUGGACUUUUAACACUACAAGCUCUCUUUGUUCAAGAGCACAAUGCUGUUUGUGACACUUUGAAGAAAGAAUAUCCAGAAUUAGAGGAUGAAGAGUUGUAUCGUCAUGCAAGGCUAGUCACUUCAGCUGUCAUUGCAAAAGUUCACACAAUAGAUUGGACUGUUCAGCUUCUCAAAACCGAUACUAUGCUUGCUGGAAUGCGUGCCAAUUGGUAUGGAUUACUAGGAAAGAAAUUCAAGGAUACAUUUGGGCAUGUUGGUUCCAUUUUAAGUGGUGUUGUUGGAAUGAAAAAACCUGAGAAUCAUGGAGUGCCUUAUUCCCUAACUGAAGAAUUCGUGUGUGUUUAUAGAAUGCAUCAACUCUUACCUGAUACACUUCAGCUAAGAAAUAUAGAUGCCACGCCUGGACCAAACAAAUCUCUCCCUUUGACUAAUGAGUAAGCCCU